UCCUAGAAAUACGAGUCAUUUCAAGGACCCCAAAAUAUUUUAUAGUGUACGUCACUAUUUGUCAAUCUUAAGUCAAUGUCAGUGUCACAGGAAUAAAAUAGUCUACGGAGCCGGCUGUAUGGUAUAAUAUUAAAAAAUGGUAUAAUUUAUAAAUCUUCAUCUUUUACUUUUGUCUGCAAAGAUAGGAGACAGCUAUUAAUAUAUUUAAGCACUUAAUAUGUCAGCAGCAUUUAAAGGUGAGGUCAUGAACGUAUUCCUGGGUUACUGCGUUAAACUAACAAUGAUUUUUCUUAAUACUUAUUUGAGAGCCAAAUUAACUGAAAAAUUAAAACAAGAAAUCAUUUGAACAUCAUAAAAUUCAGCUUAUUUACAACCCCAUUAGUAGGCAGUCAUUUUAUUUUUCACUUUUUUUUAUGAUCAUUCUCAUUCUUUAAUAAGACUGGUCCAUAAUAUAUGAUAAAAAAUAAGUCUAUUAAGUCUGUCAUUAGUGUCACUGUCAGAAUGACCAUCUGCUGGCGUCUAUGUAAGACAUAACCUUAAAAACAAGCUUUAAAAAUAAAUAAAUAAACAAAUAUAAGUUUCAAAAAUGAUAUCGGACAAAUGUCGUAUAUGUUUAAAGAUUCGCAAAAACUUGCGUUCAAUAUAUGAAAAAAAAGAUGAUACUACUUAUGCUUACAUGAUGACUUCUAUUGCUAAUGUGAAGAUACGACCUGAAGACGAGAUAAAUGAUAAAUUAUGUUAUUCAUGUUGUAAAAAGCUCACUGAAGCUUAUGAUUUUAAAGUUUUAAUAGAAGAUGCUGAAAUUACUCUACAAGAAGCUUCAAACUUAAAAAGAAUUAGUUUUAGGGACAUAAAUGACAUUAAAAUUAAGAUUGAAAUAGAAUUGGAUAGUAAACCUUUACCUCCUGUGCAACAACUACCUGCAGAAUUAUUUAAAGAUGGCUCCCAAAGUAUAGCUUACAACAACACUGUUAUAAAGAAAAUUGAACCUGUGCAUACUGAUAAAACAUCACUUUCAGUCAAUGAAUUUCUUAAUUCAAUUAAAACUGAAUCUGACAAUGAUCAUGACUAUCAUGAUUAUGACAUAGGUGUUGAUGAAUAUGGCCAAGACUCGGGGAGUGACUACAGUUUGGAAAAUGAUUUAAAAUCUCGUAAAUUAAAAAAAAAGAAAGCCAGAAUAGGCAUAACAAAAAACAAAAAAAACAAAACUACUGGAAAACCUAAAAGUAAUAGUAAAAAUUGGACAAAAUAUCCUAGCAUGAAACCAAUCAAGCCCAAGUUUAUAGAUGACCUCAGGUUAGCUCGUACAGAAGCUACCCAAAGAUUGUCUCGGAAGCCAAGGAAAAAGGCAUGUACAAAACUAAAUGUUUGUCCGUAUUGUGGCAAACUAUCUAAGUCCAUAAACUCACACAUUUUACUACACACAGCUGAAAGAAAAUUUAAAUGUGAUAAGUGUGACAAAGCAUUCUUUUCGGCUCCUACUUUAACUGAGCAUAAGAAAAAGCAUAAUCCGAACAGAACUUUUAAAUGUGAUCAAUGUAUUGCAGCUUUCAAUUGUAAAGGUAGUUUGAAAAGUCACAUGGCAGUUCAUCGUGAUGAGAAAAAACACGUCUGUGAUAUAUGUAGCAAAGCUUUUAAGAGGAAAGCUAUACUGACACGGCAUAUGAUGAUUCAUAAUUUUGGAAACAAACCUAUUCAAUGUGAAUUAUGUCCUAUGACAUUUAUAACAAAGUAUAAUCUGCGCCAUCACUUGCGAGUCCAUACUGGCGAGCGACCCUUCAAAUGCGAGAUCUGCUCACAACCAUACAGUUAUAAACACGACUUCAACCGGCACUGCUUCAAAAAGCAUGGCGUAUUCUUGAAACGAAGAUCUGUAUACGUAAUGAACGAGGAGGUUUUACAACAAGAGAAGGCCAUUAUGAGAGAUUUAGUGCUUAGAGCUCACGGCGUUAUAAAAGGCGGUGUAGUAGAAAAUCCUUUCGAAGGACCCCAAGCGGCAUUAGCCUUUGAACAGGCGAUGAAAGCCAUAGAAUCUAAUAAAAUCCCUAUCACCUACUAGUGUUAUAAAUAAGUAUAGUUACCGGCACGGAUCUUGAGCGCUGACCUUCACCUGCGCAGAAGUGAUUUUUU